AUGGAGGAAUAUUUACCCGAACUUAUGGACGAAUACCAGAAGGGUGAGCAGGGAUAUCAAACCACAGAUUACGCCAAAAGAAACAGAAAUAGAUACGGAAGUGAUGUAGAUCUGGACGAAGAUAAGGAAGAUACGUUGAUACUGAUGUGGGUGAAGAUGAUAUUCAUAUUCCAAGUGAAAAAAGUCACUUGA